AUGGAGGUGGAACCAGAAGACGGGUCCUUCCGGUGGCAGGACACUCAGAACCUGAUUGAGGAGCAACUCACAGCCUGCCUCAGUGCCUCUUUCUCCCUGCAGAGGACUCCUGUCAUGGCGACCAACACCACGCAGCUGCUCUGCCCGGUCCUGGAGCACAUGAGUCAGCUUCAGAGACACAGUAACACCAGCACCCUCUACAUCGACUACGCGUCGGUGCUGCUGCACGGCCUGGCCAGCCUGCUGGGCAUGGCCCUGAACGCGCUCAUCCUCUUCGUGGUGGGCUGCCGCAUGCGCCAGACCGUGGUCACCACGUGGGUGCUGCACCUGGCGCUGUCUGACCUGCUGGCCACCGCCUCCCUGCCCUUCUUCACCUACUUCUUGGCCGUGGGCCACUCGUGGGAGCUGGGCACCACCUUCUGUAAGUUCCACUCCUCCAUCUUCUUCCUCAACAUGUUCGCCAGCGGCUUCCUGCUCAGCGCCAUCAGCCUGGACCGCUGCCUGCAGGUGGUGCGGCCCGUAUGGGCGCAGAACCACCGCUCUGUGGCCGCGGCCCACAAGGUCUGUCUGGGGAUCUGGGUCCUGGCCCUGAUCAACACUGUGCCCUACUUCGUGUUCCGGGACACCAUGCGGCGGCGGGACGGGCGCAUCAUGUGCUACUACAACGUGCUGCUCCUAAGCCCGGGGCCUGACCGCGAGGCCACCUGCUACUUGCGCCAGACGGGCCUGGCCGUCAGCAAGUUCCUGCUGGCCUUCCUGCUGCCCCUGGCCGUCAUCGCCUCGAGCCACGUGGCCGUGAGCCUGCAGCUGCACCACCGCGGCCACCGUCGGCCCAGCCGCUUCGUGAGCCUGGUGGCCGCCGUGGUGGUGGCCUUCGUGCUCUGCUGGGGACCCUACCACAUCUUCAGCAUGCUGGAGGCUCGCGCGCACGCCGACGUGACGCUGCGGCCGCUUGUGUGGCGCGCCCUGCCCUUCGUCACCAGCCUGGCCUUCAUCAACGGCGUGGUCAACCCGGUGCUCUACGUGCUCACCUGCCCCGACGUGCUGCACAAGCUGCGGCGCUCGCUGCGCGCCGUGCUCGAGAGCGUGCUCGUGGACGACAGCGAGCUGGGCGGCCCGGGCAGCAGCCGCCGCCGCCGCGGCUCCUCCACCCACCGCCAGACCAGCGAGCCGGGUCUGUCCCCAGCCUGGCGCGCGGGCCUGCUCGACUGCCUGCGGGCCCAGCCAGGCGUGCCUCCCGCCCGGGGCCCGGCACGCUCCCAGGACGAGAGGGGUCCCCGUUGA